CGACUGCCUGAGGUCUUUGUGGCGACAGGAAGGCAAGAUGGAAGAUUAUGUGAAAACACUGAUUAUUGUGGUGGCUGCAGUGACUGCAGUAUUAUCGUGGGGUUUUACUUGUUGUAUAGUGGCUGUUUGUAUCCGAAAUAAAAGAAAAGCUCAAAGAGACAAUGCUGACCUACGGGAAAUAAUUGUCCAUAAGAUCACAACCAGCAAAUCUGACCAAAUUUUGGACAGAUCAAUGGAACAUGAAGCUGUCCAACCAUACAACAUGCCUAUACCUACACCAAGGCGAUCUCCGGAGAAACUCACCAAAAAACAGAGAGAAAUCCUGGAGAGUAAUGAAAGGCCGAUAACUGAUGACAUCAUAGACGCUUCCCAGAGGAUCCUCCAAACACAAUUUGCGGCAAAUGGACUGCAAUCCUGUUGGGGGGCAAUACGAGGAUUUCUACCAGCGUUUGGCCCUUCCGUCCAAGUUCAUUAUGAUGACGAUCGUUGUCACGCAUUCACAUCCUGCUUCAGAGAUGGUAACAUCUUUAUUGCUGACAGCAUUAAUAGAACACUUUCACAUGCAGGGGAGAGGCAGCUAAAGCAGAUUUACAGUUCUGUUGCUCAUGAUCCCCUAAAAGUGGUGACAUUUCUGGAUGUGGAACGGCAGCCAAACAACCUUGACUGUGGACUAUAUGCAAUAGCCAAUGCAGUUGAGCUUCUUAUUGAAAAUGGAAAUCCAUCAUAUACAUAUGAUAACAGCAAAAUGAGAGCCCAUCUAGCCCUCUGUAUAGAGAGAGGGUUCUUCAGCCCCUUCCCCAAGGAAGAAAUCCUUCCCAGCGACAUGACCCGCAGGCCUGAGGAUGCUGAAGAGCCCAUCUGCACUGAGUAGAAGGAGCCUCAUUUUAGGUGGAAGCUUCAUAAGCGGAUAUUAUACAGAACCAAAAGGAUGGACUGGUUCCAGAAGGACUAUUACUUAUAGUGUAGUAGUAACUAUUAAAAUAAAUGU